CGCAAUUAGACCACCGGUCCAUAAUUCACUUCAAAGUUUCAAAAUUUCACGGUCUAUCCUUCCCACUUCGCAGCUCCUCUCCCUCCUCUCUCGCACACGGGAAGAAAUGGCGAGCCAGGGACAAACCCAAGAAGCCCUACAGCACAAUGACUUCGGAUUGCACCAAGAGGAAGGGGAAGGUGAAGGUGAAGGUGAAGGUGAAGGCGAAGAAGAAGACGAAUUGGAAAAGCUAGAAGCAGAAGUAAACGAAAUGGCCCAGGAAAUACUCAACUACAGAACCACACUCCCGGGCCAGCUCAAGUCCGCGCUUUCCUCAAUUCUCGCUGCUCAGAGGCCUGUUCUCCCGACCCAUUUCGACUCCGGACCCGAAUCUCAACCCGGACCCACUCAUGACCCUAACCCCGAUGUGGUCAGACCUAUUGGGUCGGGUAAUGAGGCCUUGUUAACAGGAGAGAGUCAGGAAACUGAGAAGAUAAGGCUUCUCAAACAGAAGAUUUCAAAUAAUGCUUCUAUGAUGCUGGUUGUCUUGAAGAGGAUGAAGGAUUGUAUGGCAAGAAUUGAUAACCUGGACUCGUGUAAUGGAAUUAUCAUCCAUCCUGCCUUCAAAAGGAAAAGGAGCAGCUGAUCAACUUGUUUUUGCAAUUUGUCAUUUUGGUUAUAGUCUCUGUUUGAAGAGGAUUUGUGUUUUCUGCUUUGACAACUUCUUGCUGAGUUCAACAGCUAUUCACCAGCAAAGAAGAGAGACUUGUUAACCUCGAGACAUUAGGUUUAGUAAUGAUUGUCCUGUUGUAAUUGUAUAGAAUUGAUUGAAUAUGUAACAUGAUCUAGGUUCAGCAGAUGAUAAUGGAGAUCCAGAGGUCCAUGUGUGGAGAUUGCCAAUCCCUUGGUUAGUUUGUGCUAUAUACACUGCAGAAAUAUUUUCAGAGUAAGUGGUCCAAAAGAUUAUUGUUGUACAGAAGAAAAGAUAGUUCAUGCUUGCACAGUCGGUCCUGCAAAUAUUUUGAGAACUCUAACCUUCUGCUGCUAUAUUUUCAUGUUUAUUGUUACUGUAGGAUUGUAAGCUUUGCAUUUCAACUCUUGUUUCGGGUGCACAUAAGUAAUUUUUGCGCUGAUUGCGUGGAA